AUGAAGUUCCAAGCUCUUCUGGCUACUCUCAGCCUCGCUUGCGUCGUCGGUGCACUCCCCGUGGCACAAGAGGCCGUUCCUCCCAUCUCGUCGUUCGGACCUCCAACCACUCGCAUACCCCCCUUCCCCACGACUAUAAUCACCAGCAGCAGUACCAGGGGUCCAGUGAGACCAACGCUCUCGACAGUGAUUAUCGACCCCACCGCCAUCGUCCCAACUCCACCAAGGCCCGAUGCAGCCCGUCCCCCCAGCGUCCUCCCAACCUUGGUUAGACCCACAGACGUCACCUUGCUCCCACCAGUCGACCCUUCACCCACCACGACCAAACCCACGGUCCUCCCAACCUUUACUCUUAUAAGGCCAACGGACAUAACACUCAUCACCGUCCGCCCGCCAAGGCCUACUCUCGCUCCUUCGGACACGACCACAACCACCGCGAGCACCACUCGCACGGUCCGUCCCACUCUCCCCCCGAUCACGUUGGACCCGACGUUCAUCACUGUCCGGCCUCCCAGGCCCACAGUGUUCCCUACUCUCAUAACCGGUGUUCCUCCCAAGCCCACUGAGGAACCGCCGAAGCCCACCGAGCCGACCAAGGAGCCUCCCAAACCGACUGAAGAGCCGCCCAAGCCAACCGAGCCCACCAAGGAGCCUCCUAGGCCGACUGAGCCUACGAAGGAACCUCCCAGGCCGACUGAGCCUACGAAGGAACCUCCCAGGCCGACUGAGCCUACGAGGGAACUCCCAGGCAACGGACCUACAAAAGAACCUCCCAGGCCCACUGAGCCUACGAAGGAACCUCCCAGGCCGACCGAACCAACCAAGGAGCCGCCCAAGCCGACUGAACCAACCAAAGAGCCGCCCAAACCGACUGAACCAACCAAGGAACCCCCCAGGCCGACCGAGCCCACGAAGGAACCUCCGAAGCCCACCGAGCCAACCAAGGAACCGCCCAAGCCAACUGAGCCAACCAAGGAACCUCCUAGGCCCACUGCGACGGUCAAGCCCACUAGCUUCCCCAAGUCUGAGGAGUCUGAAGACUAG